AAGACGCUAGUGAUAGUUGAGAGUCGGAUGAUCAAUGUAAUUGACUUAAAAAUAUGUUGCAUGCAAUCUCUUUAAAACGAAUUUUAUUACAUUGUAUCUUUGAUAACGUGCGCUUUUUCCUUUUUGAUAGUGUUUAAAUCUUUCGAAAAUGUUGUCGCUUUAUUUGUGGGAUAUGGAUAUCAUAGAAGCGCUAGUUUGUCACAGUCAGAUUUAACUGUUGUUGAAACAUUAUCCGCUGUCGUCCAUUGUUUUGUUUCUGCUUUUUUACAACAACUUCUCCACGUCUGAAUUCUCUGGAACGCACAUCAAGGAGCUUCUGAGGGCUCAGCAUGGUGAACAGUCAGCUGGUUGGUGGUGUGGCGUCACCCCCCAGGUCGUGUGCAGGAUGCGGGGGGAAGAUCACAGACCGCUUCCUGCUCUUCUCCAUGGAGCGCUACUGGCACACACGCUGCCUCAAGUGCUCCUGCUGCCACGCACAACUAGGCGACAUUGGCAACACCUGCUACAGUAAAGGAGGCAUGAUCCUGUGUAGGAGCGACUAUAUCAGGUUGUUCGGGCACAGUGGAGCAUGCAGCACCUGUGGCCAGUCGAUCCCGGCCAAUGAGAUGGUUAUGAGGGCACAGGGCAAUGUGUACCAUCUCAAGUGUUUCACCUGUGCCACCUGUAGAAACAGACUGGUGCCAGGCGACCGCUUCCACUAUGUUAACGGCACCAUCUUCUGUGAGCACGACCGGCCAGAGGUUGCACUGCUCAGCAGCCACCUGCCCCCACUCCAGAGUAACCCUGUGCUGCCUGACCAGAAGGUGUGCUGAGUGGUUAGAGCAGUGCGGUGUGCCUUCAUCCUUCCCUUGUCUCCAGAGGUCUCUCCAUCCCUGCUCCUGAUACUGUUGUUGUGGAUCCUUUUUAAUUCAACCUUUUCUUAAACAAGUCAAGUCAGUUUAAGAAUAAAUUCUUAUUUUACAAGGACGGCCUAACCCAGACGAUGCUGGGACAAUUGUGCGUCACCCUAUGGGACUCCCAAUCAUGGCUGAUUGUGAUACACCCCGAGAUCGAACCAGGUUCUGUAGUGACGCCUCUAGCACUGAGAUGCAGUGCCUUAGACAUCUGCGCCACUUGGGAUCCUCAUCACCAUCCACCAUCUUGUCUCUUUGACCAGGAGGUUAUUUUUACUUGCAGGAUCAACUUCAGAUGUGUUGUAAUAUCCAUGCUUGAGACAGUGUACAAAUACAACGUAAUGGUGAGUCGUGUGUGAUACAGUGCUGGUCUGCCCAUCAAAGACAAUAUGGACCACAUUAACUACUUCAGGACUGAGGUUACAUGUUGUACUGUAAGUAAGGGACCCCCAAUUCUGUGCACAUCCAGAACUUUGGUGCUUGUGGACAAAUCUCGGCAUGAGUUUUAAGGGUAUGGCCCGGACCCUCUCCAGGAAGAAUAAAGCAAACCAAAAUAAGCUUUUCCGUGGAGUCCACUGUCAUAGUGGCAUUGCUGUGGUUAUCAUUAUUGUCAAGAAUAACCCAUCGCUUAGAUAAUGAACUCAGAAUCCCUCUCAAUGGCCUCACAUCUGUUCCUUUGUGAUGUUUAAACCAUCAUAUGAAUUGGGCUGAAGUCAAGGAAGAAGAUAAAUGUCCAUUAUUUUUCUAUAAUGCUAUUGUGUGUUUCCCAGUAGAGUUCUAUUUCCUGAAUUAAUGUUUCAUUCAAUUGAAUUAUGGAUGCCUGUUCAAUAUGUGAAAUGAUCAGAUGGAGACAGAAAAUGCUAUUAAAAGACUUGAACUGAAGUAAUUGAAGCCUAUGUACAGUUGGUUGGUCACAUGACACGAGUCUUGAGGAAUUACAUGGUAAACUACUACCCGGUUGGUGUGGCAUUUCCUCCCUGUUUGUGCUGCAUAGCUCCCCU